CUAAUAUUUUUUCCCUUUAACACAUAUUCUAAAGCUAUGGCUUUCAGGCAGAGAACACCAACUUUUCGUCCUAACCUUUCUAUUCGUCGCGUCUAUGAAACUUUGCAGCCACGUUCAGAGAUAAAAGAUCUCCCAGAAGCUUACCUUCUACGUCUUUAUCUUCCGGGUUUUCAGAGGGACAGUGUAAAGGUAACCUAUGUGGCCUCUUCACGAACGGUGAGAAUUACAGGAGAAAGACAAAUUCAAGGCACGAGAUGGUACCGAUUUGACCAAUCGUAUCCCAUUCCUGAUUAUAUUGAACCAGAGGCACUUGGGGCAAAGUUUGAAACUCCAGUUCUCACCCUUACAAUGCCAAAGAAGGCCACUUCACAAGAGAAAGGUGUUGUAGAUGAACCAAAGCCUGAUCAAAAACUCCAAGAUACUACCACCACACCACAACCUUCAAUUACGAUUGGAGACACACGAUCUUCAGAACCAAUUAAGGAUCAAGCUGUUGAAAGAGUUGGUCCUUCUGGUGAGCCUCAAAUGGGUGAGAAGGACUUGGAGGCAAAACCAAGAACAACCACAGUGCAAAGAGAUGAAAAGAUUCAAAAGGGUCGAGAGGAAUUUGAACCGAAACCAACACCAACAAGGACAGCCACAAUGCAAAGACAUGAAAAGAUUCAAAAGGGUCAAGAGAUUGAAUCAAAACCAACACCGACACUGCCAACCAAAAUGGAAACAGAUGAAAAGCCUCAAAAGGGUCAAGAGGAUUUUGAACCGAAACCAACACCAACAAUGCUAAACAGGGUCGAAACAGCUGAAAAGCCUAAAAAAGGGGAAGAGGAAUUUGAACCUAAAGCAGCAUCAACAAUGGAACCAAACACCAAAACAGAUGCGCAACCUCCAAAGGGUCAAGAGGAAGACGAGCCAAAAGCUGAUAUAACAAACGUUACCAGAAAGCCGACAGUUAAAGAGCAAUUGAAGGAAAAGAAGACAGAGGAAACUAGAGAUGAAGAUUCGGAGAAAACAAGUUAUGAAGAUGCAGAGGGAACAACUGAUGAAGAUGAAGAGAAGGAAAGGAUCACAAAAAGGGAAGUUAAAGAGGAACCUUAUAAAUCAAGAAAGUCUGUGAAAGAUAAGAAGCAGACUGAUUUUGGACAGAAAGAAACCGAGACAGAAAAAUUGUUAGCCAAGGAAGCAGAAACUUCUGCUACAAAAGCUCAUAAGGAAAAGGAAAAGCAAUCUAACGACAUAACCUCUCUUAAAAAGGAGCUGAAGAGUGAAGAGAAUGAAGUGGAAAAGGUUGGUUCUGUCUCCCAAGUUUUCACAAAAUUUGCAGAAGGGGCAUUGAAUGAGGAAGAGAAAAAAUUAGCAGCAAAUAUUGGUGCUGCAGUUCUUGUCAUUGCUGCAUUGGGAUACUACGUAUCUUAUAGGUUUGCCUCUUGAGGGAUAACCAAAAAUAUGUUCUACUCAAUGAAUCUUUUCUCACACUUGUACAUGAAUGAUGAACUGUAACCAAAAUAAAAAUUGCAUACCCAUCUCCGAUACAUUUCAUGUUCUAUACG